UUUUUUAAAGAUUGGAUUUCACCUUUUUUUUUUUUUUUCAUGCUCAAGUCGGUGGUGUGUUCUGGAAGCUGCAACCUAACACCUGUGGGAGAGCAGGGAUAAUGUUAAGGGGAGAUGUUGGCCCCCCUCCAAAGGACUCAUAACCUCGGUCGAAAGACAAAGCUUCCUUCCUUUUUAUAUAGAACCCCUUGUAAACCUGAAUCUCACUGUUUACCUUUCUUCCUGUCCCGUUUUUUCUUCCAGAUGGUGAUGUUCAGGCGGCUCUCCAUUUACAUUUUUGUGUUGGUUUUAGAUUCGGGUUUGGGAGCUGAGGCAGUGUUAAAAGUAAAACUGAAUGCGUGAUCUUUAAGGCAAUGUGUCUAUGAAUUUUAGCUUUUACUGCCUAUAAAACUGUUGUCUAACUUCUGAGAUCUUGCUGUAGUGUCAAGAAUGCACUUACAUUGCUGUUUAUGUGUGUGUGUACUUUCUGUUUUUUUAUUUUCUAGAGUCCACGACUCCACGGACUUUCUUUUUUUGAGGGAGGAAGGGGUGUUUUACUGUUUUUCCCCUUAAUCCUUCAGGUGUGAAGUCCCAUUGGGUACCAUCUGGUCAGUUCCCCAUUCGGCCACUAGGAGGAUUGUGAAGUGGAGUGGACACUGCCUAUUUAAAUAUGCAGAUACUCAUCUGUGUUUCUGACUUGUAGCUUUAGUAUUGAACUGUUGCCUCACCAAGAUGAUCUGAAUUGAGCCUGUCUCAAGUUAUUUGGUCUUCAUUCGGAAGGAUCGUCAUUACUUUUAUCUUACAGUUUCAAUUUCUAAUCUUGAUGAAGAGAGAAAAUUUAAAGAUUAGUUAAUAUUUCAUUUUUUCCCUUACAUAAUAGGCGUAGCUCUGCAAAUUUUAGGAAAAAAUGAUAGACAACCUGCAUUUUAUUCAACUUUCUACUUUGUGAUUCCACAGAGUUAUAGGAAAAGACCCAAAGUGAAUAUGCCUUCAUUGCUUCCAUUAAUAAAGUAACUACUUGAUUAGAAAGAAAUGACCUAGGAAAACAAAACUUAGAACACAAAUACAUACUGCCCUUUAACCAGUUAACAUUGAUUUAUACUGUAUGCAUUUGGAGUUGGGGUUGUUGGUUGUUUUUUGUUGUUGUUGUUGUUUAAUUUAAGGUCUGAAAAAGAACUAUGUUUGAUAUGCAGAUAUGAUAGAAGACUGCCCGAAAGCUGCUUCCUUUGCCACUUCCUGUGGAGGCCUGUCUUUGCCAUUUGCGGUUUCUUUCUUCUUUUGGUCAGCAUCCUGCAAGGAGGUAGUAACAUAUCCAGUUGUGAAACUGGGAAAGGCCAGAGCUCUCAGAUCAGGGAAACAUGUCCCGUCGGAAACAGACAAAUCCGAAUAAAGUUCACUGGGAUCAAGUAUUUGCUGGGCUAGAAGAGCAAGCCCGCCAGGCGAUGAUGAAAACUGAUUUUCCUGGAGAACUUGGCAGUCAGCGACAAGCUAUCCAACAACUAAGAGAUCAGGACUCCAGUAGCAGUGACAGUGAGGGUGAUGAAGAGGAGACCACACAAGAUGAAGUCUCUUCCCACACAUCAGAGGAAGAUGGAGGGGUGGUCAAAGUGGAAAAAGAGUUAGAAAAUACGGAACAGCCUGUUGGUGGGAAUGAAGUGGCAGAGCACGAGGUCACAGGGAACUUGAAUUCUGACCCUUUACUUGGACUUUGCCAGUGUCCCCUGUGCCAGCUAGACUGUGGGAGUCGGGAGCAGCUGAUUGCUCAUGUGUACCAGCACACUGCGGCAGUGGUGAGCGCCAAGAGCUACAUGUGUCCUGUCUGUGGCCGGGCCCUAAGCUCCCCGGGGUCCUUGGGUCGUCAUCUCCUAAUCCACUCGGAGGACCAGAGGUCUAACUGUGCUGUGUGUGGAGCCCGUUUUACCAGCCAUGCCACGUUUAACAGUGAGAAACUCCCUGAAGUACUUAAUAUGGAAUCCCUACCCCCAGCCCACAGUGAGGGUCCCUCCAGUGCUGAGGGAAAGGACAUUGCCUUUAGCCCUCCCGUGUACCCUGCUGGAAUUCUGCUUGUGUGCAACAAUUGUGCUGCCUACCGUAAGCUACUGGAAGCACAGACCCCCAGCGUUCGCAAGUGGGCCCUACGCCGACAGAAUGAGCCGUUGGAAGUACGGCUACAGCGUCUGGAACGAGAGCGCACAGCCAAGAAAAGUCGGCGGGACAAUGAGACCCCAGAGGAGCGGGAAGUAAGGCGCAUGAGGGACCGUGAAGCCAAACGCCUGCAGCGCAUGCAGGAGACAGACGAGCAGCGGGCACGCCGGCUACAGCGGGAUCGGGAGGCUAUGAGGCUGAAGCGGGCCAAUGAAACCCCAGAGAAGAGGCAGGCCCGGCUCAUCCGGGAGCGGGAAGCCAAGCGGCUCAAGAGGAGGCUGGAGAAAAUGGACAUGAUGUUGCGAGCUCAGUUUGGCCAGGACCCUUCUGCCAUGGCAGCCUUAGCAGCCGAAAUGAACUUCUUCCAGCUACCUGUGAGUGGGGUGGAGUUGGACAGCCAGCUCCUGGGCAAGAUGGCCUUUGAAGAGCAGAACAGUGGCUCUCUGCACUGAACCCGCCUGCCCUCCUGCUCACCCAGGUCCACAUGGAUCUGUGCUACAGCCAACUCACAAGGCCUUGUCCUUACUGCCAGAGGAAGGCCUGGGUUGGCUGCAGGUGGACCUAAGCACCUCUUGCAUGUGGGAGCAGGAUGAUGGGGUCAGCAGGGAGCCGGAUUAAGGCAGCUCUGGACGAGGGAGUAGGCACUCCAGGGAACUGGACUCCCAGCCCAAAGCUGCAGGGCAUGCUUAUAGGACUAUGGGGCCCAGUGCGGCCCACGGAGUUGUGAGGGCAAAUAAAUUAAUUUUAUCUUUACUGGCCUUUUUCUGCUUUUCUCUCCAUUUCAUUCUAGCAAAUGAAGUGAUCUAGGAGAGCCCUGGGUGGAAAUUUUAGGCAGGGACUUCUGGCAGAUUGUCUUCUGAAGGGAGGGUGCUCCUCAUUUUAGGCGGCCCAGAGAUCCCUUGUUUGGGCCUUUACAGGUCAGUGAGGCAUAACUAUGACAUUAAAGAAAGAACGGAUGCUAACUUUGUGGGUCCAUUCCCACAACCCUAAUGAAGAUCAUCUAUGGUCCCAAAAGCCACUUAAACCUAGCUUACCUUUUCCAAACUCAGAAGUAGACGCCUUUUCUCCUAGCUGGCAUUUUCUAAAGAAAUGCAGUAUUCAGGCUAGGUAUUGGCUACUUUUCCCAGCAGAUUUUGGUUUGUCAAACUUUAAAAACUCUAUCAUAGAUAGUAGUCACCUUCAUUUAGGAAUAUGUUCAUAGAAACAGCUCUAAUACUAAGGUCUAUAGUACUGAGGAGCUCUCAUUGGAGAAAAGAGAUGAUCCAUCUUUUUCUACCCCAGAGCCAAGAUAGGAUAAUACCCAUUGAGAAAAAUCCAGAAUUAAGGUGAGACGAGAGCUCAAGUUGACAGUGGUCAAAGCCAGAGCAAAAUGACAGUUUGUAUGUCUGCCAAGCCAAGGAGGAGACAAGAGCUGAGGUCAUUUCUAAAAAGUGUCUGUGAUGGUACAGAACAAGUACAGAAUUUUCCUUAGCCUGCACCAAAGAUUGUGUACAGUUUAGAUAAUUAUAGAUCUCGAGGUCCAGAAGGAAGUGCCCUAGUUAACUUGUAGCCAGAAAAAUAACUAUGCCAGGAAUGUGGACCUCUUCCAAUAUCAUCACAAGGAAACUUGGACUCCUCUCUGACCUCCAUAGGUUUAAGGCUAUUUAAUAGUGUUAACUGACCCCCUUCCCACCACUGAGCUACGGUUAAUUCCUACCAAGCAAGCUGAAAGAUUUCUGUUCUGGGAAAAUAAAAAUCUUAAUAAGCUUAUUCAAAAGUACUGGACAUUUGAAA